AGGUGAUACCAAAUCUUAAAAAAACAAAACAGGAUAAGAUCCUCCCUCCCGUCCACAUUCCACAGCCAGUUUCACUAAUGCUGUAAACACUCUUAAAACUUGUAGAAUUAUCCGUGUUUAUCACCAGAAUAAUUAUUCCGAAGCCGAUAAUGUGGUCCCUUGCACAAUUGUAACAAUUUUUCUGAAACCAUGAGGACCUCCACCAGUGAACCGAUACUGCCCGCACUUUUUUCAAACCCACGUCAUCACUUCCCGGCAAACGGAGCAAUUAAACUUCCCAACCACAAUCUCAUACACACAACACCAACAUUGCCACGCCGUCAUUGGACCGCCUCUGCAAGCCGUCCAAAACCUCCGAUUACAGUUUAUAACAACAUCGACGACCAGGAUAACAGGGAUUCGAUGGGACAAAUGUGGCUAAUAUGUUUUAAUUUCUCAUGGAGAUGGUUUUCUAGACUUGUUUCCUUUUACUUGUUAUUGUCUCUUAAUCUGGUUGCUGUGGCCUCUGAUUAUCCAGCUCCUUCAACUUAUGCCUGUGAGGACAUUGCCAAUUACUAUUCCCCUUUGAAGCAUUUGCGAUUAAAAGGCGAAGCACUCAAGAGAAAAUUGAAUACUAUCAUUGCUCCGCAUCAUUCCUUGUCCUACCAAGAGGUGUGGGAUGCUCUCAAGAUUCUUGAUGCUGCUGAUAUUGAUAAACCAGGAGCUUCAUCGGGAAUAGUUGAAAUCUACUCUCUCAGAGUUGUUCCAAAAUGGUUAUCAGGAAAACCACAAGGAUGGAAUAGGGAGCAUCUUUGGCCUCGUUCUUAUGGGCUGACUUCUGCUCCAUCUUUGACUGAUUUACACAACAUUCGCCCUGCCGACGUUAAUGUAAAUUCAUCAAGGGGGAACAAGUACUAUGGGGAAUGCAUAACUAGCUCGACCAAAUGUUUGAGGCCAGCCAACAAAGAAGCUGCUCCUGACACGGAAGCAGACAAGAAGAGGUGGGCACCACCUAAGCAGGUUAGAGGAGAUAUUGCAAGGGCAUUAAUGUACAUGGCAGUCAGUUAUGGGUUUCAACAACCAGGGGGAAGUCCAGGUCUUCGCCUUUCAGACACUCCAAAUGCUGAAAAGAGAGAGAUGGGACUGCUUUCUACAUUGUUAGAAUGGAAUGAAAUGGAUCCACCUUCAAGGGAAGAGAAACUGAGAAAUGAAAGAAUAUGCAAAUUUUAUCAGCAUAAUCGUAAUCCUUUUGUUGAUCAUCCGGAGUAUGCAAAUCUUAUAUGGAAGCAGGUUGUUUCAAGACAUGGUCCUCACAACGAUAAGACUGUUUCCAACAAAGGAAAAGAAUUGGAACAGUUGUCUCAAUUAAUAUUGUUUGCCGUAAUCCUUUUUUUAUUAGUACCCAAAAUAACAUGAAUCUCAUUUACACACUAUUUAACAGCCAAUAAAAUGCAUAGUAAAACGUCCCUUAAGCUUAGCUCGGUUGGCAAGACAUUGCAUUAUAUAUGUAGGGAGUCGGAAUUCAAACUCCGAUCAUCCCACUUAUCUACCGGUAUGAUUUAUGUAAAACAUACUGUAAAAUAUAAACUGAGUAUUUUUAUUUUUUUAAACGCAAUCAAACUCAA